UCAUACCCUGUCCUAGAGACUGGACACGGUAGGGCUACAUCACAUAUUGUAGAUGAACGCAUGGAUGCACGAUGUGCCUAGGAGUCGGGGCCUGAGCUUCUGGAGGUCCUUGCUCUGCCGCCCACACUUAUCUUUGAAAUUCGGACGCUCAGGUCGUCUCUACGGACUUCCUCGGUGAUACCCGCUCGUCCAUCUUCGAUGCUAAGGCCGGCAUUGCGCUCAAUGAUAAUUUCGUGAAGCUCAUUUCAUGGUAAGGGGGAAAGGGCUGGAGACUCCAUAGGAGGAGAACUAAGGGGUGGUCGGAAGGGACCCCCUUGAACCUCCUGAUCCCUCCUCCACAGGUACGACAACGAAUAUGGCUACAGUCACCGGGUGGUCGACCUCCUCCGCCACAUGUUUAGCCGAGACAAGUGAAGCGGGAAGGUCCUUUCUUUCCCUCCCAGGGGCCAGGGCCGGAACCUGUGCCUCCCGUUCCAGGAUCUGGCUCUCUGGCUCUCCGGGGGAGGAAGGGCACCCGGGGUGGGCGCCCCACGCCGCUGAGGCCAUGGUGAAAUAAAGAACAGUGCUCACAGUUGUGUCCCACAUCUCUGCCGCCAGUCACGGCGGGUUCUGAUUCGGGUUUAAGGCCCGCCCCACACUUAUUCGAUCGCCUGCGCCCACGGGUGAGGGGUCGCGCUCGACUCCAAGCCGGGUUCCACUUCGGGAGACUGGGACGGCGGUGGCAGCAGGGGAAACCCCGCGUGGCCGAAAGUCGCUCCCCACAGCGCUGGGCCAGAAGCCCUUUGAACCCGGGCCGGCCACGGGCGCUCUGACGUCACUGGGCGCGACGCCCCGCGCCGGGACUACGGCUCCCAGAAGGCCGCGCGCGGGUCGCGGCCAGUCAGGUGGGCUCCAGGCCCUGGCCGCGGCGGAAGCAACGGCGGAGCCGGAGACCCGCUCCGGGAGACGCCGCCUCGCUAUCCCCGCGCGGGCGGGACCGGGCGGCUGGCGUCAUGACCCUGUUUCACUUCGGGAACUGCUUCGCUCUCGCCUACUUCCCUUACUUCAUCACCUACAAGUGCAGCGGCCUGUCAGAGUACAACGCCUUCUGGAAAUGCGUCCAGGCUGGAGUCACCUACCUCUUUGUGCAGCUCUGCAAGAUGCUGUUCUUGGCCACCUUCUUUCCCACCUGGGAAGGCGGCAUCUAUGACUUCAUUGGGGAGUUCAUGAAGGCCAGCGUGGAUGUGGCCGACCUGAUAGGCCUAAACCUUGUCAUGUCCCGGAAUGCCGGCAAGGGGGAGUACAAGAUCAUGGUUGCUGCCCUAGGCUGGGCCACCGCCGAGCUUAUUAUGUCCCGCUGCAUUCCCUUAUGGGUCGGAGCCCGGGGCAUUGAGUUUGACUGGAAGUACAUCCAGAUGAGCAUAGACUCCAACAUCAGUCUGGUCCAUUACAUCGUCGCGUCUGCCCAGGUCUGGAUGAUAACACGCUAUGAUCUGUACCACACCUUCCGGCCGGCUGUCCUCCUGCUGAUGUUCCUUAGUGUCUACAAGGCCUUUGUUAUGGAGACCUUUGUCCACCUCUGCUCGCUGGGCAGCUGGACAGCCCUGCUGGCCCGGGCAGUAGUAACGGGGCUGCUGGCCCUCAGCACCUUGGCCCUCUAUGUCGCCGUUGUCAACGUGCACUCCUAGGCUUGGUGUCUCAGACAUUAGCAUACCUUUUCCCUGCCUUGCUCCAGGUUUUAGUGAAGUAAACAGUAUUUGGAAAGCUG